AUGGAAGAGGAUGAUCUUUUACAACAUAAUGGCCGUAGGAAGUGUAAAGAUGGUGACGGAGGUUUCUCUUUAGAAGAACAAGACGGUAGAAAGUUUGAGUCUGUUGGACAACCGUCUCCAAUGGGUCCUUCGUUUAGGGAUAUGCUAGUCAAUAGGAGUCCUAAUAACGAGACUGUGAUUGCUGACACAGUUGAAGUGAAUGAUGAGAAGUCGUAUGAGCUUUCUGAUGGGGAAGAGGAUGAGGAGGAUAAAAAGUGCCCUAAUAUUAAACUUACUAAAAUUGAGAAAUCUCGUUAUUGUAAACCAUGGAAGAACUCCUUGAUUAUCAAGCUGAUUAGAAGAUCAAUAGGGUAUACCUAUUUAUCGCGAAGGGUGAAGGAACUCUGGAAACCUAAAUCCUCUAUUGACUUAAUUGCUCUGGACAACGAUUUUUUCCUUGCUCGAUUUAAUAGUAGGGAAGAUUUUGAUUUUGCACUGGAGGGUGGACCAUGGAUUAUAGCUGAUCAUUAUUUGUCAGUUCGCCAAUGGUGCCCGGAUUUUGAUCCAUUUAAUGUUUCCUUGGAACGCUUAGCAGUUUGGGUUCGAUUUCCAUGCCUUCCAAUUGAAUAUUUUAAUGAGGAUUUUCUUAUGCGAUUGGGGAGGAAGAUAGGAGAUCCUAUCAGAGUGGAUAAUAACACUAGCCGAGUGACAAGAGGGCAUUUUGCGAGAUUAUGUGUUGAAGUUGAUGUUAUGAAGCCUCUUUUGUCGAAAUUCAAGCUGAAUCGGAGAGUUCGACGUAUUGAAUAUGAGGCGUUGCAUAUGGUUUGUUUUUCAUGUGGAAUUUUUGGGCAUAUGAAGGAUAAUUGUCCUUCGUUGCGGAAAGAGUUGCAGCCAGAGAAUGUAGAGAAUGUGCCUAAUUCGGUUCAUAGUAACCCUGCUCCUAAGGUGGCUCAGUUACCCGAGAAUCAGGUGGUUAAUCCAGCUGUUUUAGAUUAUUUUGGUGAUUGGAUGCUGGUUAAGAAAGAUAGAAGACGUAAUCAACGUCCUCAGGAAAAAACCUGUAUUUAA